AAAUGGCCGCUCACUGUAAUGAGUUGUGGUUUGAAUAGUUUCUGCCUGCUUUUGACUAAUAACCGUGUUUUCGUCUUCUUAAAGGCUGUUAUUUAAGUGUUUGAAGAAAUGGACAAAGCAACACCGAAGAUUAGCUCAAUGGCUAAAGAGAUGAACCUCGAUUUGGAAGAGUUGCACAUAAAUGAAGGAAAAGAACUUAUCACUUACGAUCCUGAAGAUACACCAUGCACCUUGAUUGUAACUGGAUUGGCGCUUGAAGUGUUUGAAGACCCUGAUAAUAAGAAGGACUUUGAAGCUAUAUUCAAGGAGUUUGAUGAGCAGGCUGUGUUUUGCUAUCUCCGAAGCUUUAGGAGAGCCAGGGUGAAUUUCUCAAAUUCAGAGACUACCAAAAAGGCUCGGGUACAGACACACGAAGUUGAAGUAUGUGGAAAGAACGUCAAAGUCUAUUUUGGCCAGCCUGUUUUUAGCCUCGGGAACCAACAAGGAGGCCACAGUCAUUUGGAGCCACCACCUCUCGAGAAACAGUUUUUAAUAUCGCCUCCUACGUCACCUCCUGCAGGAUGGGCACAAUUUCACGAAGCAAGGCCUAAGAUAGACAUGGAUUUAAUCACUGCUUUGGUGAACUUAGUUCCAGGUGAGAUGUACGAAGUUUUGGCGGCACACAACAAUCAGCCCGGUAUCACGGUAGAGGUGGUAGAGGACAUCGCUCUGGGUCCUAAGCCUACCAUAGUACACACAAAACGACCAGACAAUAUUUGAUCGAUAUUCGACCUUGGCGUAUAAAAUACCACAAGGUCGUGAAACGGACUACUUUCACAUGCCUCGUUGAGGAAAGGAGAUGGCCAUCCAAAUAUCCAUAUAGUUAUUAGUUACUCAUUGGGCCUUCAUUUACUGGUAGCUCACAAUGCUGGGAAUACGUCGGUGGUUAGAUUGGUGUAUUGGUAAAUCUAGAAUAUCGAUGCUAAUUAUGUUCUUGAUUGUGUAUUGAUGAUAUUAUGUUAUCCCCAUUUAAAUUCAUCUAUUGGCUAUCAAAAUUCGUGUGCCGUGCAUGCUUUGUUUGUGUCACCAUACACAGUUUGGAUGAUUCUGCACACGUAAAAAUACUGUGGCCUUGAGUGUGUGAAAUUUUAAAUCUAUUAUUAGGCAACUGAUCUAUCAACCCGUAAUUCAUAUUUCAGAGUGUUAGCAGAGUUACAUAAUAGCAAUUCUCUGGAGAUGUCGAGAGAUUAUCUAGUCGUUUAUCGUAGUCUUCUGUACUCCUAACGUUAGAUGUAUUCGCGAAUGUCUUCAAAUUAAUCUACAAUUUAGGCAAAUGUUUGCCUUUACCAAGAGCUGGUAUGUUUCCAGAUAAUAGUCCUCAUAUGCGUUAUUGGUCACAUUGAGAUGAAGCUAAUUUAUAUAAUUUGUCAGAAUUUGCUGAUUUUCUACUGUCUGCCAUUAUAAAAAGUUGCAAUUCAUGUAUCAACUUUAUAACGUGAGAAUUAAUGACUCGUACGUAAAAAUCAUAGAUUUCAUUAUUAAACACGUAGUAUCAACGGAGGCAUGUGGAAUCUGUUACGUUCUCGUAUCUUUGGCCAUGUUUAAUUUAUUAUAUUAACGUUUAUUUAGAAGUGUAAUUUAUUUUGUGUUGUUUAUUUAGAAGUGUAAUUUAUUUUGUGUUGUUUAAUUAUACAUCCAAAAGCGGGUUUUAUUAUUCCUAAUAUGUGGUCGAUGCCACUUCUACACCCCUAAUAAAGAAAAUGCGAAACAUUGUUUUGGGGAAGUUUGCGUUUUUUGGAGAAUGUGUAUCGCGAGCGUUAUUAUGGGCUUAUGCUGUAUAGUGUUUCUUGUUAAGCUUGUUUGUUAGUACUAUAAAGUAAUUAGAAUACUCGCAAGUGGCCUGCCAGCACCAUUCACUCUUAACAUUCGAGAUGAUUCUAAGCAGUGUGUAUUGUACAUUGCAAACUGUGUACAUAUUGUGCAAGCUUGAAUAUUAAACUCGUAAUCUUUAUGUGAAAA